AUGGUGCUACUGCUGCGACUGACGUUUGUCUGGUCGUUUAUACACUUUUCUCAUUCUUGUCUACCGAACCCUUUCUUUGGUUAUAGUCCGGGAUAUGGUGGGUACUAUGCCCCACAGGUUCCUUUUAACAAUUUCGGUGGAUUCCCAAGAGUUGGACCAUUUAGAGCUGAACCUCAAAGAGGUCCUGCGGCUGCUGGUAGCGCUGCAGCUGUUGUUUCUCAAAACCCUGUGCAACCAAGAUUUGCUAUGCAGCAAGAUGAGAUCCGCUCAGUGUCAUCUUUGAAUUGUGUUUCUUUUGCUGAUAAGUGUCGUUGGUCCAACACUCAAGAAGAGGAGCUUGAUUGGACCACUUUAACAGAAUCACCACAAGCAGCUGCUUUUCUACCUACAUUAGAUGUCCAAAAUCUCCCAGGCCAAUCUGCUGGAUCUCUAACAUCUCCGGCGAGAAAUGGAUGGGAAAGUGGACAACUCAUUUCCGAUGCGUUGCCUUGUAUGACAUCUGGGCUGAAAGUGACAGCCACUGCAUGGAGAAGUAAAGUGGGACCAACAAGUGAACAACCAAAAUUGCAGGUUUGUGCCCGUAAUUCUAACGAAGAGAAGUUUCCACUCAUUAAUUGCAAUGAGUUUGAGAUCAGAAAUGGUGUUCCCAUGUCUGCAGAUAUUCCAACUCCCAACGACCCUAACCUUCCAACACAGAUUGUGUUCUCUGGAAAUAAUUUUAUUGCGAAAGAAGGAGGAGCUUUGUUUAUUCAAGACAUUGUGAUAGAGGGAUCACUUAAGUGCAACGGAGAGUCUUUGGAUAGUCAUCCCACACUGAUUUCAAAUCCACCAUCUAGAUCCACCAAUGAUAACGAUAAACGAAGUUUUGCUGAGUCGGUUGGAUCAUUGAAGGGCAUCGAAGGAAUUCCCGGUCUUGAAGCAAUUGAUGCAAGUUUCCCUGCUAACCUUGAUGAACAACGAAUUGCAAUUGCCAAUCUGCAGAGAUCACUUCAAAGUAACAGUGUAGUGGAGCAACAACCAAAACCAGCUGCUGAUAUCCAAUCGGUGAUCUCAGCGGUCCCCCAACCAGCAGCAGCGCAACCCGCACCACAAGCCCCUCUGACGUCAGCUGAAUCGUUAUCAUCUGUCCCAUCACUCUUUGAAAGUUGCUUGGCGUUGUCUUGUAAUCCAUCUGAUUUGAGUUGCAAGUUCUGGAGAUCAUCCGGUAAUAACCGUUGGGAAAUUGGAACAUCAGGACGGGUGGCAAAUCCUCUUACCGGAAUCAACCUGCCACCAGGAACAGCUCAAAAGUUUUUGGUGGCACCAUUCUUCGACUCUCAUAUCAGUAGUUACACAUUGGUCUCCGAAGCAUUGAACGUUCCACUCUUGGAAGAAGUGUAUUUCUGUUUUUAUGAAUACUAUGCCACUGAGGGUCUCUCAAUUGCGGUCUGCACUGACAAAAUGGAUUGUUUCUACAAGAAAUCUGGACUAACUAUGGGAGACAGUUUAAGAGAAAACAAAAAGUGGAAUGUCAGAUGUUCAAAACUUCCACCAGGAACUUAUGAGCUCCGCGUCAUUGCUGAAAACGCUGGCGAAAACAAGGGAGAAGUUGGUUUCCUACCAAUUCGCUUGGCUCGAGACGCUAAAGGACAACAACUCAUCUGCUAA